AUGUCAAAGUUGCCGGAUAAACAGCAAUUACACGAAGACCAAGAAUAUUGGUGGCGCGAAUUCUCACCCAGGCAAGGAGAUAUACCCGUCAUCGUCGGAUCUUUGCCUGCAAAGCAACAAGAGCAAGAAGAACGAGCGAUGACUCAACAAAAGAAGAAAAAAAGUCAUGGCAAUCGUGCUGAACAAAAUUUCAAAAGAAGAUUACGUCAUCAAAAUUUAGAUGAGGAGAUCCGAGCAUCCUUAAUACAAACAAGAAUUGAAAGACAACGAGAUAAACAAGAGCAGCCCAUUUUGUGUCCUACAGCAACAGAAAUGAACAAAAUGAAUAAUCCAAACGGACAAGUAGCCGAGGUUACAGAAAUCAUGGAGAUUCCAAUCGAUGAUAACCUUCGUGAAUCUAAUUCAAAGAAACGCAAACACAAUGCAUCGACUAAACUCGACACAAAUCUGUGUAAAUCCUUAAGUCGCUUGUCUAUUUUAGAAGGAUGUACAAAGAAAAAGAAGAUAAAAAAUGUUCACAUUAAAAAUGCUUCUUCAAGAAUGACGCCUGAACUGAAUGAUCCAACAAAAUUAUACGUCACAAUGCUCAAGUCUGCUUUUGUACCUCAAUAUUUGACAGUAUGUGCACGGAAAUUGAAAGAAAUGUUAUCAAUAGCAGUUCCUGAUGGUCAUAAACUGUAUCAAUGGUUGGACAAUGCCGAAAAGAUAAAAUCAACACGUAAAUUAGCUCAUACUGUUAAUUUUAUAUAUUAUUUAAAAUUACAACAACAAUUAUGGCAAGAUUAUUUCGAUUUGGGCAUGAGUACUGGUAUGUGGGCUCCACGAGUAUCGAAAUCAUUGGCGAAGGAGCAUCAUACCUGCAUGUCCUAUGGUCGUUCAGAGAAAUUAGUCGGACAACGUCAAAGAACCAUUCAAAAUCAAAUAUAUCGCACUAAUCAUGACCUACAAGAACAAUUAAUUCAUCUACCCGAAUGGACUGAAAAUGUAAUCCCAGCCAUCGAUUCAAUAUUUCUCUCGAAAGCUGUUGAGGCUAUGGUUAAAAGUGGCCAACAUCGUUUGGAUAUCCAAUUCAAACAUAAACAGGCUAUGUUAAAAUUAGAUGCCGAUGAUCAUCGUUUGAUUUCAGCUGUGUAUGCUUUGAAGCCAACUGAAGAACAGAUUGUAUUAAUCAAAAUGUAUUGGAAAGCCAUAGCAAAUGAACAAAAAGCAGUGGAAGAAAUGGAAGUGCUUCGAAAACGAGUGUCAUUAAAACGACUUCCACAAUCAUUUGACAAAGUUCUCGAUCAAUCGGUCUCUCAUAUUCAAACCAUGUUGUCACGCUCUAGCCUACAUAAAGAUCGGAGUGCUAGUAUGGCAUCCCGUUGUUCGAAAACAAUCACACAAUAUAAAUUUGAUUUAAUGGCUAUCACUUUAGGUAUAGCUCAAGAUACAGCUCGGGGUUAUCAUCAAUUGGCUAUUGAUAUAAAGGAUAAAUUACGAAAACUUAAUAGCAAUGAAAUACAAUGUUCCAAUGAAGUAGUGAUCACUGCGAUAGAAAUACGCGGCGAAAAUAUAAAGAAACGUGCUCAAGAAUUACUUCAAUAUAAAAUGAUGUCUUUUUUCGAACAGGCUCCGGCGGUCGACAACAACAAAGGCAACGUAUCCGCCGAAGCGAUCUAA